AUCGCACUCCUUUUUCGUUUUCUGGUACCCAAUCGGUCGCCCUGAAGGAAGCUCGCCGAGAUGAGGCGGGAAGCGUUUGAAGGGCUGGCCCCAAUCAAGAGCAGCCUUAUCGUCGUCGUCGUCGUCGUCGUCGUCAUUCUCACUGCACGAAGGGGAACGCCGGGGUCAAGGGGCGGCGGGAAGGCCUUCUUCCUCUUCGCCCCUCGUUCCCUCCGGAGGAGAGGGAUGGGUCCGGCGUGGCCGGAGGCCGCGGGUGGAGGGCCGGGCCGGAGGAGAGGGAUGGCAGGGCCCGGCGGCCCGGGAUUGACUCCGAAAGCCAACGCUUGCCAUCUCGGCUUCGCCGACAAAGAUGGCACCCGCGAAUGGGGUUGGGAAGAUCAGCGGGCCUUCGUCUCCGAGCGGGCGAGCGUCCUCUAUUUGAGUUCGGCCAAGGGGCCGUCCUCUAGCCGAGUCCGUCGGAGGGGUCGGCUUCCCCCCUCCCGGGAAGGCGAGCCAUCAAACCGACAAUCCCGCGAGAGAUCUGGAGAACGAGGGCCCGGAUUUCCCGACAGAUUGGACACCGAAGGCAGCUCCGAACUGCAGGAGAUCAUGCGUCGCCGCAAAGAGAAGAUCGCGGCGGCGGGCAGCGACUCCGGGGUGGAGUCCUUCGACGAAGGAAGCGGCCACUGACCGCCCCUCGGUUUCCCCCCGGGCCUCGUCGCGCCGCGUUCGGUUUUUAGGAAGCCACGGGAAAGCUGGG